CACCGCGGCUUGGCGCUCCCAGGGAACAUUUCUCCUGAAACAACACCCAAUAGCUCCUGUACGAAACUAAUUUGGAAAAAAAUGUCUGAACCCAAGUACCGAGAAUGGAUCCUUGAAACAAUCGAUUCUCUGCGCUCCAGAAAAGCACGCCCGGAUCUGGAAAGGAUAUGUCGAAUGGUCCGAAGACGACACGGGUCAGACCCAGACCGAACCAGGACAGAACUGGAGAAACUGAUUCAACAACAGACCGUGCUCAAAGUUAGCUACAAGGGAUCUAUUUCCUAUCGAAACGCAGCGAAGGUGCAGAGAAAAAGCAGAAAAAAGACCGAGUUGGCGCCUGCCUGUAGCGCUGGCUCUGAGGAAUCCAGGGAGCGGACCCACCACAACAUCCUAAACAACGGCGAUAGUGCUCACAGCUUCACGGACCAGGAGGACGACUCGGAACCCAGCCUAGACCAGCGACUCCAAACCCCGACCAACACCACAGAAAAUACAACCAGGGAGUCUUGCGAUCCCCGUAGCGGGAGCGUGUGCCUCAGUUGUGGUGCAACGGCGGGCUGUGUCGGGAGCGGCUGUCAACGGGAGAACGCGAGUGCACCGAAAAACCCGGGAUUAGGACAACACUUAAAGGCUGGCUGCCCUUCGCCUAGCCAUGACCACAUAGUGAACGCCACGGACUGUGAUAACGACACAAUAACACCACCCGAUGCCCAUCGGAAAGAGCCGGGUUCGUGCGGUGCCGCGGGGGGCAGCGGCGAAGCGGAGGACGCGAAGAAGGAAACUUGCCCCGUGUACGUGCGUGCCGCCGCCGCCGACGAAGCCACUUCCAUUGAAACGCAGAAACCCCCAGUAGCCCUCAAGCCAGCUCAAGUCGGCCAGUCGGACCUGGGAGACAGACUGGUCUCAUCUGUCCGCAGCCUUUCUGAGAGAAACGUGCGAGCGUACUCUGGAGCGACGAGAGGCCAGAUCAAGCCUCUCGGACUGAGAGAGAUCUUGGGCCACCUGAGCGGCCAGGAGUGGCUCUCUGAGGAGAAGUUGACCAGAGGCAGAGUCAAAGGGGUCCUCGAGAGGGAGAUCGCUAGAGGCCGGCUGCGCAGGACCCGCUGCGGGAACAUCACUCUUCCGUUGAGGGGGGUGAUGGUGCUGGAAAAUAUGACCACGGACCGACAUCUCAACCGCGUAGCGCAGGGCAGGAACAUUGUGGGGAAGGAGAAGGAUGUGGAGGAAGGUUGUGGAGAGAAGGAGAAGGAGGAGGAGGAGGAGGAAGAGAAGGAUCAAGACGAUCUCCAAAGUGCAGAGAAGGAGGAAGAAGUGAUAACCAAACCAGGUCUAGAAGAUGACGCUGAUAUCGAGUCACCGCCAGAAAGCCCCCAACACCUGCAGCAGUAUUGUGGUGUGUCAGUUCAAGAUUCUCUGCCUAGGACGAGAUCACUUCCUGCAUGGGACGGCUUGCCCUCACACACGAGCAUUCAGCCAGGGGACAGCAUUGCCACAACCGAUACACUACAGAGAGAUGCACAUGAUCUGUCUCCAUCUCCUCCUAUUCCCUGCCUGGAUCAGGUUGAGAUGCAAUUCCGUGCUUCUCCGAUCAUAAACACGUGCAGGGGAGAAGUGGGCAUGCACCAGGGUGUGUCAGAGGAACAAGGGAUGAACGGAGGAUUUGAUGACGGACGUCCCAUGAAGUCCGAGGGGCUUGGCAUGAGUCCCGUGGACUGGACUGUGUCCGAUGUGGCCAGUUAUUUUGCAGCAGUGGGGUUUCCUGAACAGGCAGUUGCCUUCAAGGCUCAGGAAAUUGAUGGUAAGUCCCUUCUGCUGAUGCAGCGUAACGACGUACUGACUGGACUGUCCAUCAGGCUCGGCCCAGCAGUCAAGAUAUAUGAGCGUCACGUGAAAGCUUUGCAAAAAACACAUUUUGAAGAUGAUGACUGCUGACCUCAAAGGUCUGAGAAGCACAGAGCGAUGUGGGAUUUUUAGUCUUAGAGUUUAAGCUCUUACCAUGUGAAAAAAAUCACACAUUCAGAAUGUCUCAAACAAACAUUUAGAAAAAUCGCAUACAUUUAUUGUCAAAAUCACAUUGGUAACCCUGGCAAUGUCUGAAUGAGCACUUUACUGUUUCUAGACAUAUUUUAUACACAUUUUUAUUUAAAAGGGUACUGUUAUAUAUGUAUAAUUACCAGUGUACUGUGAGGAAACAAAUCAAACGUGUGUGUGUGGACUUGUGUAUGCGCCAUUUGUGCGUACAUGCGUGUGUGUGUGUGUGUGUGUAUAUGUAAUAAACUCGUAGCAACAUCAUUGGAUUUUCCUACAACAUGUAGUAUUGCAAUUCAUAGUAAUGAGGUAACUAGCUUUAUACAGGCCAAAUGUCACAUAUUAGUAAUUUUAGUAUGGAUAGGGAAGGGUUAAACGUAGGCCUAAACCAUUCAAUUGUAUAGUAUGUUUCUUCCAACUGUCUCCAGAUAUGAUUUGACAUUUUGGCCUACUACUGCUUAAAUACAGCAUCACUGAAGUCCACCGAGAUAACAUACCGGCUAAUGACAAGCUGAACAUUACAUGAAGUUGUGCAAUGUAACACAAUACAAAUCAUGUAAAUAGACAUCCACAGUUUGAUAACCUACAUUUGUAAUAUUCCAAUAAUAUCCCCCUACCAGCGGGGUGAUGGUUCAGGUCACAAGUUAUAUAGCCAGAUCACCAGCCUUUUGAAUUGUGAAUGUGAUGUUGUUUAUCUGGAGAGAAACUGUACAAACCAAAAUCAUAUAGUAGCCUUCUGUCACUAGACUACUGUCAUUGGAGAGCUCAAUCUUGCUCUUGAAUGUUCUCUCUCUCUUUACUUUUCUCUGGAAUCUUAAUUACAGCAGCUUUAAUCUCAAUCCAGAAGCCUGGCUUUAACCAAUCAUAAGACCAACAGUUUAGAUCUUACCUUCACUUCAUUGGUCCCUAUUUCGUUCCUUCGUGUUGUGAACAAAUUAUGAGCGUUCAGCAAAGCGCUGGAUGCUGUGAAGGACGGUCAUAAUGAAUUACGGACAAGGACAUAUAUCAGAUAGCUCAUGAGACGCUGAUAAUUAUUUUUUUCAUUUUGGAAUUGGAAUGUUUGUUAGGAUUCCAUUGUUUUUAGAACGUCAAACAAAGCUGUACUCUGAUGCGGCAACCAGGGUCAGAAUUUAAAUUAUUUAAACUUUACAUGCAGCGUCCAGGUGGAAAAUCAUAGCUCGUCUGACAUGCCCAAUGUAGCACUAAUGUUAGGAUAGGGUUCAAUGCUGUACUCCACAGGGAAAAAAAUCCAAUGCCCAGGAUGAGCCACCAGGGUCCUCCCGUUUAUUUUUUUUAAUAGCUGGAAGGUCCCAGUUCUCUUCGGUCACUGGGCUCUCCUGUUUAACGUGAGACGAGAGAGACGUAUGUUUUCAGUGUCCAUGGAGAUAACUCAUGGGGUCUUUUGUGGCUUGUUAUCUGAAAUCAACAAAGUAUAAACAAUGUUUCUAAUAAAAAAAAUGUAAACCAUGGCUCUCUUUCCCGAACUGGUGUCUGUGAAGCUCAUAAAUACACAACUUCAUCUAACACAAAUAUUGCUAGGAUUUAAUCGGCUAAUAAUUUGGCUAUC